CAGACAUGUCUCAGCCAGAGUUCAUGUGUCUAGUGUCAAAAAUGAAACUCCUCAUAUUGGUCAGCAUCUUGUCAGUCGCGUCUUGCCGACUAGCAUCAAGGUACCCACGAGUUCAGGAACUACUCAAAUAUUCUACAGAACCGGAACAGCUCCAAAAAGAAACAGAAACUCUCAUACACACAACAGCCAAACUGAUGAUGCGUUUGUCGGAAACUGGAAGAAUUCAGCUCAACGAUUACGCGGAAAACAUCAACAGCAAACUUGAUUCUUUCUAUCAAGAAACCUCAAACAGGACUAGUGCGUUAGUUCAAUAUCUAAUCGAUGAAAUAAAUGAUCUUGCAAUCCGCGCCCAGGAAUUGAAAAUUUGUACAUCCGUGGUUUCGCAUAUUUCCAAUUUAGAUGACAUAUUUGAUCAACAAUACCGGGUAUUAUUCAAUACAUCUUUUUAUAAAUCUAACACAACAAUGGAAAACAAAUAUAGAGCUCUGAUGGGAAAUAUCGCAACCGUUCAAAGAAUGAAUGCUUCCCUAUUUGAUUGCCAACUUGAUGUAGACUGUAUAGUGAAUAUUGCCGAACUAGUAGAAGAACAAAAUGUAGCUCUUAUGGAUGGCCUAGACGAUAUCGACAACUCUGCUCCGACAGUUCAUGACCAGAUACUAUCUGAGACAAAUUUGACAGCAACGAAGACAGUAUAUGUGCAUGAAGAAUAUAUUUGUAACGUUGCCCUCAUUAUAGAGAAUUGUAUUCGAAGUAGGAUUGAUAAUCCUGUCUUGACAACCACUUUAGCACCUCUUCCUACAACUAAGGUGACAAAUUCAACAUCAACAUCAACUCCAGAACUAACUACAAUAACAGCAUCUUCAGAAGCGACACCUGUAACAUCAGAUACACCUCCCACAACAAUAAACCCACAAUUAUAUUGCAAGGGAAAUUCUGAUUUUUUUUGACCAUUGUUGUAUAGAAAAAGGCUUCGAAAUAAAUCUUGAUUUUUAAA